UUAGAUGUGGGAGGAGCCAGACGUCUACGCAGGGAUCUCCAUGAUUUGCUGCCUUCUGAAGCUAAGAUGAUGUCCUACCCUGCUGGGCUAGGAGGCACGGACGAUGACCUGUACUACCAACCCGACCAGUGGAGGAGGAGAGACCUGGACCAAGUCAUGCAGCAAUUGCUGGAGAGUGACAGGAGGCGGGAACAAGAACAGGAAGAAGAAGAGGAGGCUGCCUACCUGGCCACCUUGCUCCACCUGCUAAGUGAAGCAGAGCACACACGAUUGGUCAGCCCAGGUGACGUGGAAGUAGAGGAGGAAGGGGAAGAGGAGCAGGGAACAGACGACUUCCAGGGGCCACCUCCCCAAGACUAUGAUGAGACAGGCAGGGUGAUGAUGGGAAAGCCGCCCGCCACCUGGUUGAGUCAGAUCAGUCAGCUUCUGAUGCAGAGGCUGGAGCCCCAGCUGGCCCAAGCCCUGUUGGAGCAAGCCAGGCAGGAGAGGCUGCAGCAGGUGGGAGCGCUGGCACAAAGAGCCGGAUCCGAGCUUUCCAGAGGAAUUGAUCAGGAGACCCUCAGGUACCUGGUUGCUAGGAUACUGUCCAGCAUCGGUCCUAACAACCUUCAGAUGAAUUAUCCCAGUCGGCGCUUAAGGAGGGACUUGUCAAUCUCUGCAGGAGUGGGAGAGACUAGCGCUGUGAGCUCCAUCCACCGAAGAACCCGCCGUUCCCUGGACAACACGUCAUCCCCGUUCCCUAGCAGCGAACCCCCCCUGCUGCGAGUGAAGAGGUUGGGACUGGAGGAGGAAGAGGGAGAGAGAUCCCUUCGACAGAGAAUGACUCAUGUUAACACCAUGGCAACCAGCCCGGCAGAGGAACUGAACAAUCGGAGUCAUGGGCGCCGGAGGAGAGCAGCGGUGAACUACGACCCCAGAGCGCUUGUUCACCAGAUCUUCCAAUACUUGCAGGAGUAGAGAGUGAGCAAGAGAGAAAAAGAGAAAGAAUGAGAGGGAAGACAGACAGAAAAGAGAGGGAGAAGUGUGACAAG